AUGGAUCUAAACAUUUUGAAGAAUUUGGAUCAUGUGGAAACGGCAAAGGCGGCCAAGAGGACGAAGGCGAAUGCGAAUGAGACCAAGACGACUAGUGAACCUGAUGAAGACGAUAAAGAAGAUGAAGGAGACACAGGUGGCGAAAGAGAAGACGGAGGCGAAAGCGGCAAAGGAAAUGAAGACGAUGACAGAGACAAGGGAAAGAAGGCGGCGAAGAAGAAGAGCAAUGUGAAAGCGACGAAAGAGCAAAGGGAAAAAGGCGACGAAAGCCUGAAAAAUCAAAAAUCUGAAGAACCCAAAGACAUUCAAAGUUCAGAAAACAAGAACAACCCAAAAAAUCUAAACAUUUUGAAGAAUUUAAUUGAAGAGCGUAAUAAAUCGCAGUGA